CGCCCUCUUCCUACUACCGUCAUGACAACUGCGGGAGUCUCUCCGACAAGCUCCCCGCGGCUUCCCAGUCCUCCUCCAUUUACUGAGGUUCAGAUUGGACCUCAGUCUCCGUCAGUUGGCGAGCCCUUUAGCAAAGACGCAGACCUGCUUGGUGUUGCAAUCGGAGGAAAUGAUGGCCCGACGCGCAGAAUCCGGCCAGGGACCAGAUCUGCCAACAUGGCAGCUGCCCCGCCAGUGAUUCCCCUUUCGCAGAUUAAUUCUCCAUCCCCGCUUCAAGAACACCUCAAAUCCCAGUACUAUGAGCUUGCAGCCCAGUACCCUAAACUUAUGGAGAAGUACGAUGUGCUUAUGGAGGAGUACAAUGAGCGGAAGCAUAAAGCAUCUGACGAUGUUGACCUGAAGAGCGAGGUUACGAAAGAGCCGACAAAACCGGAGAGCGCCGCGGAAAAACUGACAGCACCCCCGAUGGGAGUUGAGGAUAUACAUUGGAAAUACGAACUGUGCCGCUUCUUCACUAUGGAAGCUAAUCGUCUGGUGCAGGGCUUUCUGGACGAGAACCCGCCCUGCUCGGCACAGACUUGCCCUGAGAUGCGAGUCGUCGAGUGGCAGUAUAUUUGCGCGGCGCAUAGCGAACCACAACCUUGCUGCGCGAUUGACUAUUGCUGCCAUACUCUGGAUUGGGCCAUGGAUACUCUCACAUCGGCAGAUUUAUUCCCUAGCAAGCUUAAGUUAAAAUCUAAGGGUGCCGAUAAAUUGCCAGAUAUCUUUCGCCGCCUUUACCGCAUCUUCGCGCACGCAUGGUUCCGGCAUCCUGCUGUGUUUUCGAAGGUAGAAAAUGAUGGCGGUCUACCGUUUGUGUUCACUACGGUUUUGUUGGGGACUACACGAUUCCCCUUAAGGCCGGAGGACCUGAUGAAGUCGCAGCAGCCAAAAAGAAAAAAGAGGCCAAGGAAAGGAAGGAGCAAACCGAGAAAAAAAGCACACAAGGGAAAAGAAGCCGAGGAAAAACCUAUCAACAGCAGCAGCCGUUUCACUAUUCUACAGAAGGAAGGUGGAAACUCAUUUGAUACCACUGUGGAGAGUCAGGACCCGGCGCUCGUCACUGGCGCGACCGCCCGUCGCCACAAGCACAGCCCUUCAACUGGAUCGCGUGUUAACACUAUCGCAGAGGAUUCGGAGGAUUCGGAAGAGAUUACACCAUCGUCACUGCGUGAGUCCCUGAAGCAAUCGCCCGAACCGCGACCUGUUUCUGUUUUGGGAAUACAGACUAGACAGGAGGAUGUGGGAAAAUCUUCUGAAGAGUCGGUUGAAGAAUCCCAGGAACAACCACCGCAAGAACCCUAUGAGGAGCCGUCUGAAAUUCCUGAAGACCAGGAAAAGAGUGAGCAGGCUGAGCAGACUGAGCAGAAUGAGCAGGCUAGGGAACCAAUCUCUGAAGAGUCGAGUACGAAUACAGAAUCGCCCAUCGAGAAGUAUGUAACUGAAGGCGAUGAGAAUAAAACUUCCCCCGAAGAGGCAACACAAGCCGAAGAGCCCGAAGCAAAGAUCGAGGCGACACAAAAGCUUUCUGUUACCCCCGCAACCAAAUACGAGUCAGAGAAAGAGGAGUCUUGA